AUGGCCGCCUCCGCUCCAGCGGCGGUAUCUUCUCCGGCAUUGACAUCCGCCCUAGCGGUGGCCGCCCCACGGACGUCCACUGGCAGCUCAGCGGUGACCACAGCCGCGGUGGUUUCCGGGGCCAUGGCGGCUCCCCGCCCUGCGGUGGAAGCCGCUUCUGGGGCGUCCGCCGGUACCUCGGCGGCGACCACACCCAUGGGGGUCACUGGAGCCACGGCGGCGACCACCCCGGUGACGGCCGCCAGUGGCCUGGCGACGAUUGCCCCAGCAGCAGCUGCCGGGGCUGCGGCGGCACCCACGCCGGGGGCAACCCCCGGCGCCGCAGUGAGGGAGCACCACGCCAUCACCAAGAGCCAACUUGGCGAGGUGCGGGAAGCCGUGGAGAGGGAGCGGCAAGAGUUUUCCCGGCUGCGCGUGGAGACUCGCCUUGCCCGGCAAGCCCUAGAGGACGCCGAGGAACCGGUCGUCCCGGAGUCUGAGCUCUACCAACGGCUGGAGGCUCAGCGCGCUGAACUUCAGGGGGAGCUGGACUUGCAUGCGGCGAUCCUCGAGGAAACCAAACAGGAGCACGCCGGGGUGCUCGCGACAACUCAGGCCCGGCUCGACGAGAAGAGCGACCUGAUCGCCAACUACUGCGGCGAGAUCGAAGGGCUGCGGGUGAAGCUGGAGGUGCAGGUCAAGGCCACCGAGGGCCCGGUGGAAGCGGUGGCCCAGCAUGAGAUCCAGCUCGGCUCUGCCAAGGACAGAGCGGCCAGGCUUGAGACCGAACUGGCCGCCGUUUGGGAGGAGCUCGCCAAGGCCGGCAACAAAAUCGCGGUCAAGACCGCGGAGCUUGCGGCACUGGAGGGCAGCCUCCGCAAGGCCAAGAAGGCCACGCACGACGCUCGGCUCCAUCACGGCACGCUGAUCGGGCAGCGGCAAUUAGAAACCGAGAAGCUACUGAAGAUCGCCCAGGCGCUGCGCGACGUGCUGCCCUGA